ACGAAGGGUCCUCAGAGUUGCACAAAUAUACGCAAUCACGAAAAGCAAUGGCGACGGCUUAUUUGGAAGAUCAGGAUUUAAUUUAAAGAAUGGCAGGCCUCCCCUGGUAUUUGAACACAAAGUCUAAUCCCUUGCCGAAACACAAGGGAUUUGUGAUUGUGUAGUGACACCAGCCAUCCUUUCUGAUAUCUGAGCUCAUACUCGGCCACCCCCCACACAAAGACAAUGUACUGCCUCCAGUGGCUACUCCCAGUCCUGUUGAUCCCUAAACCCCUAAAUCCAGCCCUGUGGUUUAACCACUCGAUGUUCAUGGGCUUCUACCUGCUUAGCUUCCUGUUGGAGAGGAAGCCAUGUACCAUUUGUGCCUUAGUUUUCCUGGCAGCGUUGUUUCUCAUCUGCUACAGCUGCUGGGGAAACUGCUUUCUAUAUCACUGCCACGAUUCUCAACUGCCGGACUCUGCACACGACCCGAGUAUUGUGGGCACCUAGGUUAGAUCUUCAGAGUCCCCACUGAAACUCUUACACAGUCCCUGGGCAAUCUCAAUCCGGACUGCGAAUAGAAAAUUCACCAGAAAUGCUGGAAAAUUUCAGUUCUUUGUACCCACGUUGACAACCGCUUCACAGUCUCGCUGUAACCCAUAACAAACUGCCCUCGUUCCCUGCCCGAGGCACACGGGCAUCUCACCUUUGGUUGAGGAAUCUGACGCUUGCAUGGGUUACCUUUAGGGUUCCAUAAUCAUUGUGUUCCGUGUACGUUCUUUCAUUUCUGGAUGCUGUUUUUCCCCGAAGGGUAGAUGAUAAUGUGUGUGCGUGUAUAAAUUUGUAUAUUACGAUUUUGUGUUUCUGUUCAUGUGUCAAUAAUCAGUAUGAAUUCAAGUGUUAAGAGGAUUGACGUGACAUGAAUUUUGUCAGAGGUGAAUAUUAAUUGAGCCAAAGGCAUUUGAUAGGAUCUCGCAUCUGUACUGCGCCUUUAGCUCAAAUGCUGUCACAACUUUUAAUUCAAUAAAGUUUCUAAUGAUCAACGGCUAA